AUGGAUUUGAAACUUGCUCAAGAAAUUGCAGUCAUGGCGGCAGCACUUGUUUCGUUGCCUUUCCUUUUUCAUUUCACCUUAACCAUACAUUUCACCACUGCCACCACAGCUUCAUAUAACCUAUUCAUUGUUCAACUCUCACCAUUAUCUCCCCACAAUUCGAAACACACCAUUUGGGAUCAUAACUCGGAUAACGUGUUAAAGCAAGUUCCCACCAAUGAUUACGUUUCCAAUCUCGUUCCUAGCUCCAGAAAUGUAGUGUUCUUGAUGAAUGUCUCCAUUGGUGAACCACCUGUUCCACAACUUGCUGUGAUGGACACUGGCAGCAGCCUUACAUGGUUUAUGUGUGAACCUUGCACAUUUUGUUCACAGCAAACUAUUCCAGUAUUUGAUCCUUCAAAGUCCUCCACAUAUGCUAGCUUGACAUGCAGUGAAUGUAACAAAUGUGAUGUGAAGAAUAAUAAUGGUGAGUGUCCAUACAAUUUAGAGUAUGUUGGGAGCGGUUCAUCACAAGGAAUCUAUGUUAAGGAACAGUUAACUUUAGAGACAACAGAUGAAGGCACAGUGAGAGUACCUGGUUUGAUAUUUGGCUGUGGUCGUAAGUUUACUGUAGCUUCCGACGGUUACCCAUAUCUAGGAAUCAAUGGGGUGUUUGGACUUGGAAGUGGAAGGUUUUCUCUGCUUCCUAGUUUUGGUAAGAAAUUUUCAUAUUGUGUUGGAAGUUUGAGAAAUAGUAAUUAUAAGUUUAAUAAAUUGGUGUUGGGGGAUAAAGCCAAUAUGCAAGGUGACUCAACUGCUUUGCAUGUGAUUAAUGGUUUGUAUUAUGUUACUCUAGAAGCUAUAAGUGUUGGUGGGAAAAAGCUUGAUAUAGAUCCAAGUAUAUUUGAAAGAUCAAGGAUAAAUAAUAACAGUGGAGUGAUAAUAGACUCUGGAGCAGACCACACUUGGCUUACAAAAUAUGGAUUUGAAGUGCUGAGCAUAGAAGUUGAGAAUCUUCUUGAAGGGGUUUUGGGCGAAGAUAAGCACAACCAUUAUACUUUGUGCUAUGAUGGGGUAGUAAGCAGGGAUCUAAGUGGGUUUCCGGUGGUGACAUUUCAUUUUGCUGAGGGUGCUGUUUUGGAUUUGGAUGUAACAAGCAUGUUUACCCAGACAUCAGAGAAUGAAUUUUGCAUGGCUGUGCUUCCAGGGAACUAUUUUGGAGAUGACUAUGAAAGUUUUUCUUCUAUUGGAAUGUUGGCCCAACAGUAUUACAAUGUGGGUUAUGACUUGAAUGGGAUGCGUCUCUACCUUCAGAGGAUUGACUGUCAACUUCUUGAUGGGUGA